AGUUGUUUUGAAAAUAUUAUAGAUAUUAGGUAUUUUGACAAUAAAAAUACAUAAAAGUGCGAUCAGCGAUGUUUUCUAUCGACCUAAUAAAUUAUUUCAGGAUCUAAAUGGAAUAAGGAAAGUAAAAGUGAUACAUUAAAAUAAUAAUGAAUGUUUACCUUCAAUAAGGAGUGAGAUAAUGGACAACGAGCAGCCCCAUCAGGAGUUAGUGAAAUGCGUGGUGGUCGGCGACACGGCGGUGGGGAAAACGCGUUUGAUAUGCGCCCGCGCAUGCAACAAGCAUGUGUCUCUGUCGCAGCUGAUGACCACUCAUGUGCCUACUGUUUGGGCGAUUGAUCAGUAUCGAAUCUAUAAGGAUGUGUUAGAAAGAUCCUGGGAAGUUGUGGAUGGAGUGAAUGUAUCAUUGAGAUUAUGGGACACUUUUGGCGACCAUGAGAAAGACAGAAGAUUCGCUUAUGGAAGAUCUGAUGUGGUGCUUUUGUGUUUCUCCAUAACAAAUCCAAUUUCUUUGAGGAACUGCGGUGCCAUGUGGUAUCCGGAAAUACGACGAUUCUGUCCAAACACACCGGUUCUUCUCGUGGGCUGUAAGAACGAUUUGCGUUAUAUGUACCGUGAUGAAACGUAUUUGAACUAUUGUAAGGAUAGAAGUCCUUUUAUCCGGGCGCCAAGAAAAAGCGAUCUAGUAAUGCCAGAUCAAGGGCGGGCUCUAGCACACGAAUUUGGUAUAUAUUACUACGAAACUUCAGUAUUUACGUAUUAUGGAGUGAAUGAGGUUUUCGAAAAUGCUAUACGAGCCGCCCUUAUAGCGAGGAGACAGCAAAGAUUCUGGAUGACUAACUUGAAACGAGUUCAAAGGCCGUUAUUACAGGCCCCAUUCAGACCACCGAGACCGUUGGAGCCAGAAGUUUCAGUUGUUAACAGUGUAUAUCUGGACAAUAUGGCAACAUUAUUGCGACAACAGUAUUUCUCAGACAUGGUGAUAAUCUGUGGCACGAAAGGAUUCCCGGUCCACAGAUUCAUGAUGGCGGCCGCGUGUGAAGCGUUCCAUAGACUACUGACCACAGACUGCAUAAGUGUGUCCGCGGAACUGGCUAGGAGCUCUAGUGAGAGUAGUAUGGUGAGCAGUAUGGGUGAAGCCACAACGGGAGAUUUUAAUGAAGACACUGAAUAUUUAAUUCGCCAGGACCAAGCUAAACAAAUGAGAGUUUGGGAUCAAAUAAAACGUCGCUCGUCAUGUCAGAUUCUGCCAGUUAGUGAUAAUUGUAAAAAGCCGCCAGAUUUAUACAGAGAAGUCAAUCAUCCCGCCAUUUUGUCCAUUAAAGUUGUUAGGUGUGACAAGAUCCAACAUGCAACAUCUCAAACUCAAACAAUAGUGACGAUGAGUAAAAUAAUAUCACAAAACGUGAUGCAGGAAAUCAUCAAUUUCAUAUACACCGGCGCAAUGGAUAGCAACGCGUUCAAACAACAAGAAAUACGCCAAGCGGCUGAGCUUUUGGGUUUCCAUGAAUUGACAAAAUUAAGUCAAUUUAUAUUGGAUCAGCAUUUGUUAUUCGACAAGGGAUUCAUGUUGCAGUUUCAUACGCCACUUCCUCAAAGGCUCUGCGACAUGUACGUAGAAAGGAAUCUAUUCGCUGACGUCACAUUCGAUCUAGAUGAUGGGAUACACUUGGCACAUAGAGCCAUGUUGAUGGCUAGAUGUGAUCCCAUGAAAGCCAUGUUUCAGGGACACUUUAGGGAAAGCACUUCUAGAGUGAUAACAUUCCCCGGUGUUAAAAUGUACGCGUUCCACAUCCUGCUCUGCUAUAUCUAUUGUGAUAAGAUUCCCACAGUCGAGCCGACCAGGUGUUUGGAGUUACUGGAAUUGGCCAAUAGACUGUGUAUGAAUAGAUUGGUCAAUUUGGUCGAAGCUAGGGUUAUAGACCAAUUGCAACAUCAGGACAGAGUCGGUGAUGAAGAUAAUGUCGUUGAAAUCGCACUAUCGUUACUCGAGGCUGUAAAGUUACACAACGCGCACAAUCUCUCCGAAUGGUGCACUUGGCGGCUCUGCGGCGCGUACGACAGAGUGUGCAGAGCGAAACAUCUCUCGCAGGCGUCCAGGGAAUACCUAGCUGAUAAUAGGUGGCCGCCGGUUUGGUACGUCAAAGAAUUCGACUACUAUCAAAAGUGCUUAGCAGAACAAUCAAAAGAGUUGAAAGAAAUUCGACCCACCACGUCCCUCCAGGCCAGCCAGCAGACGGGCUGUCUUUGUUUUACUAGUAAGGUGCGGCGUGAGAGCAAUGGCGCGGACGCGUCGACGGCGCUGUGUCGCACCGAGCCGCAGCAGCCGCUCUGACACUUGCCGCACUGGAGAUCGCUUCGUCUCGCGGUUCUCCUGCCCGUCUCCAUGUGCUUCAUGAGCACAAUACUGACCAUUCUAAUUAUAUUUCACAUCUACACUUAAACGCCAUUGUAAUAUACGCACCCGCCAAGACCCGCUCUAUUUUGUUGGCUAUAUCUUUUAAUAUUGACAUUUUAAAUCUAUAAUUUAAAAUGUCAAUAUUAAAACUUUCAUGGUCUGGUCUUUGACAUGAAAGUUGGCUGUAUGUAUAAAAAUCGUUGCCUCUCUGCAUGAACGGGCAAAGUCUUGGGGCAAAGGAAUUAAUCAUACAGCCAAACUUUAUGUCAAAUGCAAAUAUUAUGUCAAUAUUCUUAGAUAUAGCCUGUAAAUCAGACACAUAGUACAAGCGGAUCCAUAAUAAAAUAACAAUCUAAUUAAUGCACUAAAUUCGAAUUUUAAUGACGUCAGGUGGUAUUAUUGUCUUGUCGAAUAGUUAAGAGUAAAAUUUAAGUCAGUAAGUUUUACAAAUAUUUUGCAAUGCAAAUACGGAAUGUGAUUUUGUCGUCAUGAUUUUUGUAGGCGUACCUAUUAUAGUUUGGCCAGUAAUUAAGUGUAAGAUGUGCUCAUUAAUUUAAUUCAAUAUCUGUGCUAAAGAAAAAAAU